AUGACCGACGAGAAGCACUGGGAAUCUGAAGCACUCUCCCUCAGGAGAGUCGCCUUCUUCGGAGUGGCCCUCUCCACCGUGGCCACCCUCCUGUGCAUCAUCUCUGUGCCGAUGCUCUACAACUAUAUGCAGCACAUGCAGUCGGUCAUGCAGAACGAAGUCGACUUCUGCAAGUCCCGCUCGGGAAACAUCUGGAGAGAAGUGACUCGCACUCAGACUCUCACCCAAGUUUCGACUAGGAGCCGUCGUCAGGCCGGUGGUGGAUGCUGCGGAUGCGGUGUAUCUCCAGCUGGACCACCUGGACCACCUGGUCCAGAUGGAGAGGCCGGAGGUGAUGGAGAACCAGGACGGCCAGGAAAUGAUGGCCCUGAUGGACCGCCAGCCACACCAGCUCCAGCCGUCAACCCUUGCUACAACUGUCCCCCUGGCCCACCAGGACCCCCAGGAAACCCAGGAGGCCAAGGACAGCCAGGAAACCCAGGAUCAGACGGACAACCAGGAAACCCCGGAAACCCAGGAGGAGCUGGACAGCCCGGUCCACCAGGACCACCCGGAAACAACGGAGCUCCAGGAAACCCAGGAGCACCUGGAUCUCCCGGAACACUCAACACCGUACCCGGACCCCAAGGACCACCUGGACCACCUGGACCACAAGGACCUCCCGGACCUGACGGAAACCCUGGAGGCCCAGGAAACAACGGUAACGAUGGACCACCAGGACCUCCAGGAGACAACGGAAACCCAGGAGCACCUGGACAACCUGGUGAUAACGGAUCCCACGGAGAUGAUGGAGAAAAUGGAGGACCAGGAGGUUGCGAUCACUGCCCUCCACCUCGCACUGCUCCAGGAUAUUAA